UCUCCGGAAACCCUAAAUCCUCCCUCCGCGGGCGGACGCGUCCAGCGCCCGCCGGACAACCGCGCCGCCCACCGCAACCACUCCCGAGCCGCCACGUGGCACGCUCGCGCCGUUGCCGCCGCCGCGGCCCGCAGGCCCGACCGCGUCCCGCCCGGGCCCGAGCCGCCCGCCGCCUCCCGCACCAGCCCCGACGCCCGCCGCCUCCCGCGCCUGGCCCGCGCCGCCCCCCUUGCCCCCCCCCGGCGCCACGGCUGCCCGCCGCCCGCCGUGCUCCGGCGCACCUCCCCGCCGUCGCCGCCGUCCUCCGCGACUCCCCUCGCCGGAGCGGCGGCCCCGCCGCCCUUCGGCCUCGCCUCCUCCUCCGCCUC